CACCAGCACACUCUCCGGGCGAGUCGCAUCGCGAACAUGGAUUUGAGUGACCUCACGAGGCCUGCAAUUCUUUGCCAGUGCCUGCGGUGCUCCAGCUCGCUGGCCGUACUGGAGAAUGAAUGGGGCAAGCUAUCCAGCGUCUAUGGCGUUGCGACAGCAUGGUUAAGUGUCAAUCUGCAACGUAUUACGAUUUCUUCAGAACAGAAACACAUUCCACAGACAUCUGAAAUGAGUCUCCUUCGAGGUCGCAUUGCCCAAGAUGUCUCCUGCAAAUUGUGUCAACAGAAACUGGCGGUUGUCUGCGGACUGGAUAACGGCCCUAACAUUCUUUGGAAGAUGUCAAAAGUGUCGUUCAGAGAAAUUGUGACAAUGCGAACGGCCGACCCCCAAUUCAAAGAGGGAGCCCUGGACAAACUGCUCCCCCCUCCCCCGCCGGAACCCCCUCGACGUUCAGCUCAGGAUAACGCAUUGGUACCAUCGGGUGCACAAGAUCUGUUAUCAUUAGACCCGGCGAUGCAUCAGCAAAUGCAACAUCAGGGCCGAAGUAUCGAUCAGAUAUCCAACUCGGUCAACCACCUGCAAGAUACCAUGGCAGACUUGAAGCAUUCAUUCACCUCACUUCGUAUCGAAUUAAACGGGCCGAGUCGGAGCAUGAACGACCAUACAUCCAUGGGCGGACCUGGGUUUGACAUGAUUGCGACGGUUCUGAAGGAGCUAAAGUCCAAGUCGGAUGAAAUUGAGAAGCUGAAGCUGGAAAUCGAGGCGUUGAAGUUGAAGAAUCGUUUCAUGGAGGAGCGCAAGCCGAACAGCCCUGAAUAUACAUCCCAGAUGAAUGGCAGGAUAGCCGAUGUACAAAGCCCCGGUCUCCUCCAGGCCGGGAGAAAACGAGCUUGGCCCGACGCAUUCUCGACUGGUCCGCCACCUGCGAUUGCAGAUUCGUUCGAUGAAGAAGAUAUGGUAGAUGACCUGUCACUCGAGAACUUGCCAACAUACAAUGUCCGUGUGCCGCCUACACAACCUGCACGUCAGCUACCUUCCGGCCCCACCCAGCUCCGCAUCGAGGCUAGGCAAAAGGACAGCAUCCCAACCAGCACUCCACCUACAAGUCAUUCAGAACAGACCGUGGCUAAGCGGCCACGGCUUACACAAACCAAGGAUCUUCAAUUGAACUCAGAAAGACCUCGCGGCCGGCCGCGAAAGUCCAACGUUACCGGGCCACCGGCAGACCCUACGACUGCCUCAACCUCCCAGAACGGUACAAUUCAAGUCCCGAUCGCGCCCUCGAGCCCGGAACCACAAACUACUAAGCGCCGUCGCCUUCGCCGGAGCACGCGUUCACAGUCCUUUGGGCCGACUUCAAUGCGGGCACAGGUUGAAUCACAGGAAACUCCUGCUCAAGAUCUAUCAUUAAUCAACGGCGCAGAGAGCAAUGGAAAUGGUGAUGCCCAGCAGAAUGCCGAAACGUCGUCCUCUACAGCAAAGGGAUCUACCAAGAAUGGAGCAAAUACGGCUGAGGAAGCACGGGUUACGGAGGAAGAGAAACGCAAGGCCAAGAUCGCGGCGCGGGACGCCAUGACUCGAAGGGCUAUGGAGCAGGAGGAACAGAUGGAAACGGAUGGUUCCCGUUGAGGUGAAACUAGGGGAUCCGGAGAUUUGCAUCAAUAGAAUUGUCGAUACAACCAGGUCUAGUGCUGACCUUGAGGACAUCACGAGCGGGCUUUGAGUGACGAUCGCAACUAGGUGGCUUCCUGAAAUUAGUACCUGAGCAUCGGUGGCAGCCAUUAUCAAGCAUUUGCAGGGUACUCCAGACUAAAUUGCUGCGUCGCACAUCGAUACUUGGGCUCUAUAAGAUACAAUUUUGGCCACAUGACAGCCCAAUCCCACAACACAUACUUCGGGGCUAAGAAAAGUGGUUGAUCUUCCUCAGAACACACUCUCAAUCCGCCCGGAGCCGCUUUGAAGAUCUCGCAGCAAUACCCAGACCUCCCAAAAGCGCAGACACUCCCGUAAAGACAAUCAGAGGUCCAAAGCCCGAGCCAUACGCCUUGGCCGCAACACCCGUCCAAGCAGACCGCUUGAGCAGAGCCUCACUCAACGGGCCACUCACAAUAUUGCCAAUACCCCGACCGGUAGACAAGAAGCCAAAGACAAUGCUGGAAUCAGCAUAUGUGCUCUUCUUCUUAACUUCAUUAACAACCGCGGGCCACGUAGACGUGAAAGAUCCGGCAAAGAGACCAUAGAAGAUGCAGAAGAUAUACAGAGGCGCCAGAGUGUCAGCAAAGCCCCAGAUCAAAAACACCGCAAUGGUACUUCCAACAGUGGAGCCAAGGAUGCAGGUAGUAGCAUGGUACCGAUCAACCAACGAGCCCAUGAUGACGCAGCCGAACACGGAGGCAAGGUUGAAGAGCAUGACGGUCAAUGAGGACUCGAUGUUGCUGGCGCCUAGGCUACGAGCGUAGGAGGGCAGGUAAAUGGUAGGGAGGAAGUAGCCCAUGGCCUCCAGGAUGUUCCCCGUUUCGUAGAUGAGGAAUGUAGACUCCCAGAGGAACUUGAAGUCGAAGGGUCUGGAUCGCGAGUUCCGUGAAAUGGGCAGACGGGGGCGAAGGAAGUACAGCAGUGGGCCGCCGAGGACCAUCAGCGCGACUGACCAAGCACGUAGUGUUGUCUGGGGCCCGAAGGAGUUCAGCAUCCAUUGAAGGACGAUGGGAAGAAUGACUCCAGAUAGUCCAGUACCGGCCUAGAAACCAAUUAGAGAUGUGAUUUUUUUGACAGCAUUUAGGUUCAUGGAGUGAUCACUUACCCACAUAAUUCCGAAAGCGAGUCCCUUUCUCUGAACGAACCAGUCAUCCAUGAAGACGAUUGUGGGGGCAUAUGCCAGACUAGCUCCGAUGCCAUAAGCAACACCUUGCGAGACGAUCAAGUGAGCGGUGGUUGUCGCAAACGAGCUCAGCGAGAGCGACAGACACAUAAUGACAAAACCGAUCGGCGCGGCCCAUAGUUUGAGACGAGGGACGGCUUGCAGUAGAAUGAAAGCCACCGGAAGCAACAUGUACGAG